UGGCUACCAGUCAUUAUGGGAAUUUGGACUUUACGUGGGGGUUUGUGCAAAUAUCGCGACGAUAAAGCGAGAUCCUCGUCUCCGGAGGCGAUGAGAUCAGCGGCGGCAAUGGCGGCAGGUUUCGUCGGUUCACCGGUGGCGAUCCUUGUUUUAGUUCUAUUUUAUUCGCAUCUCCUCGCUUUGGCCCUCGCUGACGGCGCUAGCUCCGACGACGGGUACAGGAUUGCGGGACGGGUGAAACUGGGAGGUAAAACUCCCAAAGAGUUUGGUCUUUUGCCAAAGCUUACAAAUGCCAAAGUCAUACUUAAUGGUGGUCAAAGCAUCACUUUUACAAGAGCAGAUGGUUAUUUCUCAUUUCACAAUGUGCCAGCUGGAACACAUCUGAUUGAAGUAGCUGCACUAGGUUAUUUCUUUUCCCCGGUUCGUGUUGAUAUCAGUGCUAGAAACCCUGGUAACAUCCAUGCAGCACUCACAGAGAAUCGCAGAGUUCUUAAUGAGCUGAUCCUCGAGCCACUAAGAGAGGAGCAUUACUAUGAGAUAAGGGAACCGUUUUCCAUUUGGUCAGUAGUGAAAAGUCCAAUGGGUUUAAUGUUGGGUUUCACGCUUUUGGUGAUAUUUGUCAUGCCAAAAUUGAUGGAUAGUAUUGAUCCAGAGGAAAUGAAACGGGCUCAAGAGGAAAUGAGGGCGCAAGGGAUUCCUUCGAUUUCGAACAUGUUGCCGAGGGGCAGUUGAGCUUCAGACCGAGUUGGAAAUGCACCUGAAAAAGAUUAUAUUCCACAAGAUUUACUGUGCAAUGAAAUAACUUAUCAUUUUGUGCUUUAACUAUUUUUAGGGUUGGAUUAUGGGACUGAAAUCAUCUGAUUAAUUAAUUUGUUGUUCUUAGGAAGGCUUUGUGGUUGUAUCAUGAAGCAGUGUUUAGGAGUCGUUUCCUAUAUUAUAAACUCUUUUGUUGUGUAGCUGUGGAUUUAUACACAGCUCAGACCUUUGCAGACUAGCCACUAGAUAAAUUCGAAAAGCACAGGUCAGUCUUGUUAUGACA